GGUCAAGGAGAUUCUUCUGAUUUUUUUUCUCUAGUUGUAAAGAAUUCUUAUUAGAACCACCCAUAUAGGGAAUGGUAUAACUAGAGAAUUUCUGGUACAUCCAGAAGAUUAUAUUCUUUGCUUCAUCGCUCCUCUUUUUCUUUUUAGUUGACAACCUCUAAAACCUUCAACUGUCUCUUGUCCAGCACAUUGGAUGUGCUUUGUUUACCUGUAGCUUUCAAUUUCUUAAGGAAUCAAAGUAUGGAAUAUUAUCAUCUUGAGUACAUACUUUAGUAUUAUGAAUCAUUAUAUUUUAAUCUUAUCUACAGACUUUGGCAUCAUAAUAUGUGUACCUCUUCUUGAAUGUUUUCUGGUAUAAAUAGAAGUUUUUAGUCUCCAUCUCUUUCCCAUUCUUCCUAGGCCAAAAUGAUGUCUAGCAUGAGGUUCCUUGAUUUCCAGUAUAGCAAAAGCAAGUUCUCAACGAACCCAAAGCGUAUGUUUUCCUUCAGCAGCAAGCAGUACUCUAGCAUCUUGCCGAUCUUCCAGCCAAACGAGGAUGAAAUGAGGCGGGUGUUUGAAAGAUUUGACACAAACAAAGAUGGAAAGAUAUCACAAGAAGAAUACAAGGCGAUGCUCCGAGCUCUAGGGAAGGCUGAAAGCAUGGUGCGAGAAGUUAAUAAGAUAUUCCAGGUAGCUGAUUUGAACAAAGAUGGGUACAUCGACUUCAAAGAGUUCAUGGCGCUACAGAAAGACGGAGGUGGAGUGAGAGCUAUGGAAAUAAGGAAUGCGUUCCGAGUGUUUGAUUUGGAUGAAGAUGGGAAGAUAAGCGCAGAGGAAGUGCAUGAAAUGCUGAAAAAGCUUGGAGAGAGAUGCACGCUUGCGGAUUGUAGGAGCAUGGUGAAUGCAGCAGACGUGGAUGGGGAUGGGUUCAUAAGUAUGAGUGAGUUUAUGACCAUGAUGACUCGUAAUAUGACUCGUUAUUAGACAAAUUUCUAGGUGGCCUUCUUAACAGAUGCAUGUUACAUCCUGUUAUAAGGCUUUGAUAAUUGGUGCCUGACCAUCAUAUUGUGGAUGUAAAUUCAUUUAACUCUUUUAGAGAGUGUAUUGUGUGUAUUUGAAUUUUGUGUUUGUAUACCUAAAUUGAUAUUUGUGCC